AUGGACUUGAACCCCAAAGACUCUCCGCAUUCCUACGAGAUUUCGAAUGGAGAAAUGGUGUCUGGUACCGAGGCUACGACAACACUCUACCGGAUGAAUUGGAACAUCACCUCCAUCCCGCAAAAACAUUCUUUCGUGAUAUUCGAGCGGGUAGAAGACGACCUGGCACUAGGAAAUAAGGAGUCAACUUCUACCAAGAAGCGAAGUGAACACAUUUUCUACCUUGCACAUCCAGCGAGUGCUAAGGAUCGGAAAGAAACUCCCGGGUAUUAUUUGACAUCUGUCUCGUCCGAGUCAUUAGGUAAUAUCAAUCUCGAGACAUCAAAGUCGGCAUUCCAGAAGACGGGAUUCAGGUUGCUACUAAGCAUGGGGAAAGCUUGGUCCGAUAAACUACUCUUCGAUGAAGAUGCGAAGCCCCUAUUUGAAGUCAACCAAAAUGGAUGGGUGGUCGCCACAUAUUACGGACCGACCGCAACGGUGGACAAGUAG